AAAAAAAAGAAAAAAGAAAAGUUAAGCCAUGAGGCUUGUCAUUGGCCAGGAAGAGUCAGACAGGAAAAAGUAAUGAGUGCUGAGGUCAGGGCACAGUCUGCUAUAAAUGAAUUGCAACUGAAAACACCUUGACUCACUCAACCAUCGCGCCUGCAUGGUAACGCAUCACUGGCCGGCUCUCUGAGGACAACAUGAGCGCGUCUGUGGCCGUUUACAGGAAUAUUUACACGGAGGACCGCUUCAAGCAGGCGUACGGCUCCGACGAUGACGCGACUGGAAGUCUGCGGCUCAGGGAAAAACUGGCAGGGAAGGUCAGGUGUUCCAAACGAGCCUGCCUUCACCUGUUGAAGGAAAGAGUGCCCAUUUUCAGCUGGCUGCCGAGAUACAGACUAAAGAAAUGGAUUUUAGGAGAUACUGUGGCGGGGCUGACUGUUGGUAUUCUUCACAUCCCGCAAGGCAUGGCCUUUGCUUUACUCACAUCCGUGGCCCCGAUAUUUGGGCUUUACACCUCAUUCUUCCCAGUUGUUCUUUACAUGAUUUUUGGCACUGGUCGCCAUGUGUCCACAGGUACCUUUGCUGUUGUGAGUCUGAUGACAGGCUCCGUAGUGGAGCAGCUGGUUCCCACUCCUCUGGAGAUGAACUCCAGCUCGUCUGAGGUGGACAGCUUUGAGGCCCAGAGAAUUGGAGUGGCUUCGGCGGUUGCUCUUCUCUCUGGAAUCAUUAUGCUUUGCAUGUUUGGCCUUCAGCUGGGCUUCCUCUCCACCUAUCUAUCGGAGCCAAUCGUGAAGGCUUUCACCAGUGCUGCAGCCUUCCACGUCACCGUCUCACAGCUGCAAAGCAUGCUGGGCCUGCGUCUGCCGCGCCACACUGGGACCUUCUCCCUCUUCAAGACCUUAGCGUCGGUGAUGGAGAACCUGCCUCACACCAACACGACCGAGCUGCUGAUCUCUGUGGUGUGUUUGGCCGUAUUGGUCCCUGUUAAGGAGGUCAACACGCGUUAUCGGCGCCAUCUUCGUACGCCCAUCCCUGUGGAGAUCCUCACGGUGAUUAUUGCUACAUGCGUGACUUAUGCCUCUUCACUGGACACUACUUACAACAUUGAGAUAGUUGGUCAUAUCCCUGCUGGAUUCCCAAAACCGCAGUUGCCAGCCUUUCACACUUUCCCUGCCAUUGCUGGAGACACAAUCGCCAUAACAUUUGUUGGAUAUGCUGUGUCUGUCUCACUGGCAAUGAUUUAUGCUGAUAAACAUGGUUAUUCUAUCCAUCCAAACCAGGAGCUGCUGGCCCACGGAAUCUCCAACACCGUUUCUUCCUUUUUCACCUGUUUCCCAAGCUCAGCCACUCUUGCAACCACCAACAUACUUGAGAGUGCCGGAGGACACACGCAGCUCUCUGGCUUGUUCACGGGUCUGGUCGUCCUGAUUGUCCUGCUGUUGAUUGGGCCGCUGUUCCACUUCCUACCUAAGGCUGUCCUGGCAUGCAUCAACGUUACCAGUCUCAGACAGAUGUUCCUGCAGUUCCAAGACCUGCCUGAACUGUGGAGAAUCAGCAAGCUUGACUUCAUGGUUUGGGUUGUAACGUGGCUGUCUGUGGUAGUACUCAAUGUGGACCUGGGCCUGGCGAUCGGAGUGGUGUUCUCUAUGAUGACUGUGAUCUGUCGCACACAAAGGGCUGGUUGCUCAGUACUUGGACGGGCAAGCAAUACAGAGAUCUACAGAUCUCUGGAGAACCACAGCAAGUGUUAUGAGGUGCCCGGAGUGAAGAUCCUGACUUAUAACGGACCCAUUUACUAUGGCAACCGCAGCUUCUUUAGAGAACAAAUGAGCAAGCUGUUGGGCCUCACGCCAGAGAGGAUCCGCAGCACAGAGAAGGCCAGGAAAGCUUUGGAGAAACGGGAAAGAGAAACUGCCAUCAACACAGUGGAACGAGGCAUUGCAAACACAUCGUUUUCCUCUGAAAAUGACUUCUUUCAUUCGGAAGCAGCUGAGAGUGAAGUCCAAGCCGUGCUGAUUGACUGCGGCAGUGUGAUAUUUGUUGAUGUAGCGGGAGCACGCCUCUUCACACAGAUGUGUACCGAGUGCCAAAAAAUCGGAGUUCAUGUGUAUUUGGCAAAUUGCAAUGAGAGUGUCCUAAAGAUCCUGACAUCCAGUGGCCUGAUGAAGCACAUGAACCCGCAACAUAUUUUUGUCACUGUCCACGAUGCUGUGAUGUACAUUCAACAACAGAAGGAAAAACCUCCAGACAACACUACAACAGUUUGGGUGUGAGCCAGGAGGACAAUGAUGAGUCACGCUCACCGUGACCAAGUAUCUGGGACUAAAAUGAGAACGGGCAUCUGGACCUGGGUUUUAUUAGCAAAGGCAGCCUCUGUCAGCUGUACAGGAGCAAUCCAGCAUUUGGUUGGGCUUGUACUGUAUAUGAGUGUGUCAAAGAAGCAGUAGCCUGUUGUAGCAGGAUGCAUUACAAUUCUUUUUCCAUUACAGUGUUACUAGCUCUUUUGCUGAUAAUGGAUUCACACUCAAGUGUUUAAAAAGGGGUUUAAGCCCAGUGGGAGAAAUGUUGUCAUCCAGCAGAAAGAAAAUAUCAAGGUUUUACACCAACUUUGUCUGUUUGUAUGCAUUAAUUAUGUAUUUGGGCAAAGUAAUAUUUAUUUAGUUAAUGUUUGUUGUUUGUCAUGCAACUAAAUACAAAGUGCACUGCAUAGGUUGUUAAAAUACUUUACUAUUUAUGUUUUGAAAGCCAACUUUGAAGAUAUCACCAUGUGUAUUGAAACCAAUGUCAGUCAGACUUUUUUAUAUGUGAACUUCAAUCAUAGCCAAAGAUCUUUGUACAGCACCUGUGUCAUCGGUUGGUUUUGAGCACAGUAUAUAUGACUCCAAAAACAGUUGUUUUUCACUAUUGAAAUAUGAAUUAAAAUCAGUAAAUAUUA